GUUCGUCGGCGCCGUGAGUAGUGGAGGAGGGACUGAAGCAUACAGAAGAAGGAGGAGAGAGAAAGUUAGGGUUUCUCAACUCCAUUCACUGAAUCGAGAUCCUCGAAGAUCUCGAGAUCGCAGAUCCUCAAUGAAGAAAGAGAUUAUAGAGAUGUGCACAGAUGGAGAGUCAGAGUGCAUUCUGAUUUCUUCAGCUUCUGAAGAUAAUCCUGAAACGGAGAAUCCUGAGUCUCAUGUUCUUCCCGUGAGUUUAGAAUCACAUGGAGAUGGUGCCAUCAAAGAUGACAUUACAUACCCAGUGGACAUUUCUAUUAGCGGAGCUGAUAACUUUCUCAAGGAGCAAGAACUGCCAUGUGUUGCUAACUUAAAUUUGGAUGCUGAGGUAGGAGAGAAGAAAAAGGUGAACGGGGUAUUGCAAAAACAAGAAAAUAACAAAAUAUUGGGCCAAUCUGAGAAGUUGGCUUCAAAAUCCACUCGUGCUGUAAAUGUGAGGUCCAGUCAAUCUGUUCCCCAGCCAAAUGCUGCUCACAAUGGGAACAAAAAAUACAACUCAAAUAGUUUGCAGUCACAAAACCUGGUGAAGAAGGCUCAGGGUAAGUUGUCUCUUACAUCAAGGAAGCCUCUGGAGCCUGACAACACAAAACACACUGAUGAAGAUGAUUCUUGCUCCGUUGCUUCUUCAACUGCAACAUCUGUGAAGACAUUGAAAGGCAGGACUAUCACAGCAUUGGCACCUAAAUUUAGAUGCAGCGAGCGUGCUGAGAAGCGGAAAGAGUUUUACUCAAAGUUAGAAGAAAAACACCAAGCUCUUGAGGCAGAGAAAAACCAAUGUGAAGCGAGGACAAAGGAAGAAAGGGAGGCAGCUCUAAGGCAACUUAGGAAGAGCAUGGCUUUUAAGGCUACACCUAUGCCGAGCUUCUACCUUGAAGGCCCCCCUCCUAAAGUUGAACUGAAAAAGCUACCCACAACCCGUGCAAAAUCACCAAAACUUGGCCGAAGGAAGAGUUGUGGUGAUACUACGAAUACUUCUCAAGGAGAAAACAAGAGCAAUCACGCAACCGAACGAGCAACUCGUCACAGUCUGGGGAGUUACAAAAUUGGCAACAAACCGCAAAACAAAGCAAAGAAUGAGAGUCCUGUCCUCAAAAAUAAUGGAGUAGCCAGAUCUGCAACAGAGGGGUCCAGCAAGUCCCACCCUAGAGUAACCAAGCAGAUAACUGCUGAAAUCGCCAUAGAGUCUUGACCUCUAUCUACUCUUGCAUCACAGAAAUGGAGCAUUGAUUUCUUUGAAGAUUCAUAUUUUUGGUUAUGGAAGAAUCUAUAUAUGGAGAGCUUGUUGCUGGGACUCAGUGUGAUGUUUGAUGUUGUAAAUUAUGUAAGUUAUACUAAUGUUUGUAUGUAACUGAACUGUUAUGGCUUGAAACUGCUGUUGUGACAUUUAGCCUUGACACAAGGUUUGAGCCUCAGUCUUUUUUAAUGGACACCAGCUCGAUUUUGGUAUUAUCGGUCUGUAUUUUAAGCCCGUUUUGAGAA